UACUUGCAGGUCACUCCAUUUCUUUUGACCAGAAAUGUUUCUAAAAAUCUUUUACCAUGUGGUGAAAAUCAAUGUUUUGCUAUCAUAUGAUUGGGACAGUUACACGUAUGUCUCUGUCUCUUCUCUUCACAUGUGUCUCCCUUUCACGGCCCCAACCACAGCCGCUGGCCUCUUUUAUUCGGCAUCGUAUAACUUGUGUGAAAGUGUGCGCACACACACACACACACACAAACACACAAACAACCAAGCAAACCAACUAAGAAAUAAAUUCAUAUCAGAGUAUAUCUUCUAUUAUAUAUUGAAAAUAUAGUGUAAUGCUAUGAUGAUUUCUAUAACAAAUAACAGGGCUUCAUCUAAUAAGAACGAAUGUGUGGCUUUGUGUCUUUGAUUAUGUGUUUUUCUGUCUAUCUGUCAUCAGUGAGGUCUUUAAACACCUUUAAAAAAAUUUUUUAGCACAUCCGAUGUCAGUAGUUGGUCUAUUGUAAAUAUAGAUAUUUCUGCUCAUUGAGAGCCAUAUUCGGAGCUGAAUGUUGAAAUGUUCUCUUUUUCUUAUGCUGAGGCUCUGAAUAAUGAAACAUCACCCUUGUCUUUCCUCUCUCUUUUUUGGUUUACUAAGUUUUUUUUUUGUUGCAUAAAUGCAACAAUGUUCAUGGACCAUAGGCUAUUAUUGCACAACAUCACCCUCUGAAAUAAAAACAUAAGUUAAUGAUGUGUUAUCGGAUUAAACAAAAAGGCACCUCUGUGUAUGCAUCAGGAGGCAUGAGAAAGGGCAAGAUGACAACACUCUAUUUGAACUGGACCUACAUUAUGGGUUAAUAGCACAUUCACAAUCACUAGAUAAAUAAUAAAUAAAACACUAUGUGGUGUUAUCUUAGCAAAAUAAUCAGUCACAGGUUGAUGUUACCACCCCAAUGUUGAGGAGCAACACAGCCCUUCCCCAAGUAUUUUAUUCAUGUUAUAAAUCUGCCAAAAUGACAAUUUGUCAAAACUCAUUAAAGAAUGACACAUAUUUUAAAGUUAUAGCUCUUAUUCUAACUUACAUCUUAUCUCAAAGAUCUUCUCACACCACAUUCAGCUAGCAGAUUUUUAAGAGCUUCUGAUAGGUUUCUUCUGUAUGUCCCUUGAUCCUGUUUAAAAACUAAGGGGGAUAGAGCUUUUUCAGUCUCCGCCCCUCGUUUAUGGAAUCAAUUGCCACACCCGCCUUGCACCUUCAGUUACCAUUUUUAAAAAGAGGCUGAAAACGUAUCUCUUCUCCCAGGCAUUUUAAUCUCAUUUCAUUUUAAUUUUUUUUACUAUGGUGUAUGGUCUGUCUUUAUUUGGUUUUAUUCUGUUUUCUAUUUUACUUUUCUUUCCUCUGUUCAGUACUUUGGUCAGCUUUGCAGUGUUAAAUGUGCUUUCUAAAUAUAAUGUACUUAAUUUACUUACAUUAUAGCAGCUAUAAACAGUCGUAUAAACUCGCCAGCCUCCCUUUCUCUCUGUUUUGAAGUGAAUAAAACAAAAAAAAACCCAAUGCGGCUUGUCAUUUUACCGAGAAACCGAUGAAGAAGCGUAAACUCCUCUGUCCUGAAGUUUCAGCUUCACCUCUGACUGUUACAAAGCACUGACAGUGGAGACUCCUUCCAUACAUGUUACAUAAGCAUCUCAUGUUUUUUAAUCUGUUUACAUCCCCUUUCCUGUGAACGAGCUGCUACGAUAAAAACGUUAACGUGUCAGGAGAGAGGCGUGCAUAUAAACCGGUGAUUUGCAGCCGCACUAGUGACAAUCAAAAUCCAGAAUUUAACAGUCAUGUGAUAGUGUAUUGUGUUGUACAUGACGAAGUGAAACGAUGUAGCUACCAUCUUAUCGCUAUGAGACGGCACUAUCUGGUAAUUGGUAAAUGCUUUUAUCCAAAGCGCUUUACACUGUCUCAUUCACCCAUUCACACACCAAUGGUAGCAGAGCUGCCAUGCAAGGCGCUAACUUGCCAUCGGGAGCAACUCGGGGUUCAGUGUCUUGCCCAAGGACACUUCAGCAUGUGGAGUCAUGUGGGCCAGGAAUCGAACCGCCAACCCUACGAUUAGUGGACAACCUGCUCUACCACCUGAGACACAACUGCGCACAGCUACCUGAUAAUUAUGUUUAAUCGCACACUAUUAUGGAACUAUUAUGCUAUUAAUAAUUGGAAUGUCGCAGAAACGUUGAAGAGACACCUGCAAGUGUCAUGUAACAAAACUUUUAUGAUUAAAUGUUCAGAAGCGUCAGAACCGCGACUCUGGCACGGAAAUGGUACAGUUAUGGUCAGGUCAUGUUAUGCAGUAUGCCGAAACUCAAAUCCCAGAGAACCAUGGAGUGUGUUUUCAAUCAAGCAACGUCAAGCCAAUGGUCAUGCUGUGUUAGAACCAUAAAAAAUUAAUUAGAUCUGCUGGUCUGUGCUUAUUAGUCUGUCUCUCUCUCUCUCUCUCUCUCUCUCUCUCUCUCUCACACACACACACACACACACACACUCACACACACACAUACAGCAUGAAGCCCCCUCACACAGCUCUCUUUGUGGUCUGAUGAGUGAGGCUGCUGAAUUGUUUUGUGUCACUACAAAAGCCGCAUUCUCGUUUCCGUAAGAGAGAAGUCUGACCUUUACAGGAACGCACCAACACACACCGACAUUCACACACACACACACACACAUACGCGCGCGCGCGCGCAAAGCAGCAGUUACAGCAUCAAAAAGAUUAAUUUGUGUGCAAAGAGCGCUUGCCGAUUGCGAAAUAUUCCUUGCUUUUCACCUGUAAAACGUCUCUGCCCUUUAACAUACACCACACACUCGCUCUACAUAAGCACACACAUUACAUAAACAAGGUGCAGGUAUGCACACGUGAACGCUGACCCACUGCCUGUGUGUGUGUGCGUGUGUGCGCGCGCGCGCGGCGUGUGUGUGUGUGUGUGUGUGUGUCUGUUUAAAUGUUUGUCUGAAACAGGAUGUGGUCCUCAGGCUUUUUUCUUUUCUUGUCACUAAGAAUUGAGUGUGUGACCGAUUUUCCUCCCACAUAAAACUUCAGACACACCCACACACACACACACACACACACACACACGACCCUUUAAAACCCUUCAAAAUCCUAUACACCGUAAAAGAGAUAGGAGAGAGCAAGAUGAACGAAUGGACAGAAGCAGAAAGGGAGGAGUCAAGUGACUGAGAGAGAGAGAGAGACAGAGAGAGAGAGAGAGAGAGAGAGAGAGAGAGAGCUGAGGUAUGGCUCCUGCUCACAGAGCUGCGUGAAGCAUCUCAGCCUGCACCUACAACAGACAGCAGCAGUGAUGUGGACUGUAAUACUUUUCCUUCUAUUACCUGGAGACGCUCAGUCCGAUCACACACACUCUGAAUUGUCGUGUGUAAAUGACUACAUGACAAACAUCUCGUGUACGUGGAACCACACUGCGUGGCUCACAGGCCAGAACUGCCAUCUUCAGGUGACCAGAGGCAGAAAAAGUGAAAAAACUAAAUCUAUCUGUUCCUUGAACACCACAAGAAGCUGCUGGAUUAACGUGUCAUCCAAAUUCUCCUUUUCUGACACGAUUGGUUUGGACGUGUUCUGUAACAAGAUCUGGAGGGACGGUGUGAAGAUGUACCGCCCCGGCCACCAUGUUAAGCUCCGCCCUCCUGAGCAGCCGAAUGUUACUGGGAACAUUGUGACAUGGAGUAAAGGAGUUAACUUCCCCCAGUUCAUCACGAAAUAUGUGUUCGAGCUGCAGAUCAAAGUCAAGCAACAGAACUGGAAGGAAGUUAAACCGAGGCGUGUGGAUGGCACAUAUGUGCUGUUGGAUGGCGACUCAGUGUGUGUGGGGGAGUGUGAGGCACGAGUACGUGUGAGACCAAUCGAACCAACAACAGAGGACCAGAUCAACGGCUCCUGGAGUGACUGGAGCCCUGCCGUAACCUGGAGGUCAGAGGCCAUUGUGAACAUACAGGGGACACAUAAAAAGGAGACGAGCAGCAUCCCUCACCCAGCAGUCGUAGGAAUGCUGGUGGGGUUUGUAGCACUCAUCCUCACUGUCCUCAUCCUCAUUCCACUCUCUGUCUUCGGACACAAAUGUGGGCUGAAGGUGGGCUGUGAGCACGUUCCUGACCCCUCCAAAUACUUUCAGCCUCUCAUUAUUGAGCACAAAGGAAACUUUCAGGAAUGGCUGGGUCCUCAGCACUCGGUUUCGUUGUGCCUUCCUCCUCAAUCAUGUGACUGCGAAAUCUCUCCCGUUGAUGAAGUCUCUGAAGCAUGGGACGACCCUCUGGCUGGCAACACAUCUAUGCUCAUCUAUGCUAAUUAUGCAGCGACUUUGCACCAAGAAGUGAGUGAUGACAGUCAGCUGUCGUCCGGCGUCUCUAACAUGGGGUACUUCUACAGCGAGCACCAGCCAGGCUCCGUGUGCCUAGACUCCUGCCCCGUCUACUUCACUUACCAUCCUGAAGUUGGUGCCCUCCAGUCCAGUACGUCUUACGAGCGCCUGCAGGGGGCAGCACUGGCGAACCUGGACUCCGGCUUUGGCAUGGAAGCAGAAAAAGAAGAGGCUGAUGAGGAAGAACAAGAAGACGACACAGAAAAAGGACAGGAGAAGGAAAGCCGUGGGGUCAACAUGCAGCACCUGGUCUCGUUCGUUUUGUCCUUGCCGGAGAGUGCAAACGUCACUAUCCCACCAUCCUUCGCAGAGCUCACAUCCUGGCACGAGGAGUCCGAAUCUUCUGGAAUCAGUAGGAACACCGAGUCUCCGGAUGGCACUGUGGCUCGAGCCUCAUCCAUGGUGGUGCAGCCGUGCAGCAGCGGCUAUUUAACCCUGAAGGAGAUGCAGAAAUACAGCAACAAAUCCAUCUGAUCACAUGUUCGAUAACUAAAUUCGAAUCCAAAAAAAUUCGACAAAUCUGCAAAUUGCUUUCGAAUUCAUCCUCUGAAAUGUGGAUUUGAUCCAUCAUGGUUAAAUUUCUCAUUCAUUUACAAUACGAGUUGUGCUUGUAAAUUUUCAGUGUUCGGGACAAGUAGUGACCAUUGGCUAAAAACAUUAUCGAUAUAUUACUUGUUGCAAACUUUGACUUCAGGUAUAUCAGGACAUAAAAUGUAAAACAGUUGCUCAGUCUCUGAAAGGUCCUCUGUGGGAAUGAUCUGGGAAUUUAAGUUAGCGCAUCAACAGUUUGUACCGGAGUGUAAAGCGAAGCUAGCUAACUCAUAUCAGAGUAUAAACACUGCCAAGUCACAAAUUAUAACAAACUUCAGUUCAUUUGUGUAUAUUAUAGACAUCAAAACUGUUUUAUUGGCUGUUGUUGAAGGAAAUAUCAUGCGUUACACUAGCUAGUUGUGAAACUGCAUCAACCAACAGGAAAUCAGGGGCAUCUACUAGCAACAUAUGUAUAGAAAUGUGUGAUCUUGGGGUUAUAAGUGGACUCUUCUGCAAAAUGUCCGCUGCUGUCAUUCUGCAAUGUAAAAGACAAGCAACAUUUUCACAGUUUGAACCAUCUUCCAUUUUUCAUCUGUUUUCAUAUAUUCAUGCUGCAUUCAAUGUGUUUAAACCGAUAUCCUGGUAACUGCGCUACACAAAGACUCGUGACUAUUACAGACACGUGGACCCAUAUCUAAUCAUUACCAUGUGACAUUGUCAUCAUUAUUAUUAUCAUUAUUAUUAUUAUUAUUAUUAUUUAGGAGAACAACUUGUUCCACCUAUGUUUUGAGCAGCAUGUGUUCCUGUUUUUCUUGGUUUUUGGCUGCUAGUGGACACCAUGCAAUUGUCCUGAAUCAGACACACACAGACACACACACACACACACACACACACACACACACACACCGGAGAUCUCAUAUCAAAUUCGUCUAAUUCAAUCGUAAACAAUACUAUGAAAGCUCCACUCUCAUUCCUCUGAGUUUUGCAGACAUGAGGCUGAGUCUCUCAAAAUAUCUCAAACACUUUCUCUUAACUGGGAGACAGAGUGUUGAGUGGGAUGCUUAUGCUACCAUUGCUGCGAUGCUUUUGGAAGACCUGACCCAGAAUGCAAAUUCGACAGUGCCCUCCACUAAUAUUGGCACCCUUGGUGGUAAAUAUGAGCAAAGAAGGCUGCAAAAAAUUGUCUUUAUUGUUUAACCGUUUGAUCUUUUGUUCAAAAAGUUCACAGUAAUACUCUGGAUAUCAAAAAAUUACCAACCAAAACAGAGGUUUAUCAAAAAUAUAUUUUUGUUAAAUAUAGGUGUGCAACAAUUAUUGUCACCCUUUUAGUCAGCAGCUCUGAGUCUUCUACUAUAAGGCCUGAUGAGGCUGGAGAAUAAAUGGCGAGGGAUCUGAGAGCGUUCCUCCAUACAGAAUCUCUUCAGAUCCUUCACAUUUUGAGGUCCACGCUGGUGGACUCUCCUCUUCAAAUUGUGUUGAUGUAUGUUUUGGAUCAUUGUCCUGCCCAUUUUCAGAUUUCUGGCAGAGGCCAGUCAGGUUUUUAUGUAAUACAAUGGAUAACUAAUGGAAUUUGUCCUAUGAGUUACUACAUAUUUACACCUAUGUGAAACAGGAAGUCAUGGUUGCACAAUUUCCUGUUCUGAGUCACCCAGGUGUACUAAAAAAAUGUACAAUAUCAAUGGAAACAUACUUCAAAUAUAUUUUUCUCAUAUGAAUUCAUAGUUAGUUAUGCAAAUAAUAGUUUCACACCUAUAUGUUGUGUUUGAUAUCACAACACAGUUGUUUGAUAUCCACGAGAGCAGAAUAUUUCUGUGAAUUUUUUUAAAACAAAAGAUCAAAAGGUUCAACAAUAAAGACCAUUUUUCAGGAGAAUAGACAUACUUACCAAGGGUGCCAAUAUUAGUGGAGGGCACUGUAUGUUAAACAUCUUAGGGCUCUAGUUUGAGUUUAUAGAUCUAAGCUGUGUUUAGUGAGUGAUUCAGUGUGGUGCCUUUACUUUAAAGCAUUAAAAUAUACAAGGUGGUUUUUUUUUCUCCAUUCAUCUGUUUUUUUUUGUUUUGUUUUUUGCAAUUUUCCAAAAAAGCCAUUUUCUCAUAAUUUAGUCAUAGCCAUCUACUGUAGCUAGAUUUCUUCCAGGAGGGUAAAAGGCUAACACGAUCUAGGCUUCCUCUGAUUUCAUGGGACAAGAGUGCUAACAGACCUGCUCUUUACAUAAAGCUAGCAUUUCUCUGAUCAACAGAGGAAAGUAUACGUAGGCCAGCCUUCCUGACAGUUACGUCCUCUCGGAUUCCUGGCCAAGUGAUGGAAACAGAAUGCUUGCAUUAAACAGUGACUGUGUGCGAGUGUGUGUUCUAGUUUCUCCAUGACUGUUUUGAUUGGCUGGCACCCACUUUUUCCAUCUCAUAACGUUCAGCAGAACAUGCGGUUGAUGCUAACACACAAGCAUUCCCAUUUUACUUUUACAGAUGUGAAAGUAAAAAAGUUGGAUUAGCGUUGAAGCAAAUCUGCAACGCAUGGAACAAGAGAGACUGACAGACAUAUACUAUAUUUUAAUACUAAUAUAUUCAUUUUUAUUUACAUGCUUUACCAUAUUUGUAAACCUGUUUAAAUGUAUUCUCGUUUUGCAUACAAAUAUAAUGUCUCUAAUAGCUGUGUGCACUGUUUGAAGAUUAAAACCCUUAAAGGUUCCAAGUAGAACCCUACAACAAAUCAUGCUAUCGAAAAGGGUUCCAAGUAGAACCCUGUUUUGGAAGAACCCAUUACUAUCCAGUGAAACAUGAUAGUUUCUCUUGUUGUAAACAAUGUUUUUCUUUAAUCCAAGAACCAUUUAGCUUGUGAGUCAAACAUUUAGCUUGUGCCACUUCAAGGGUUCUACAAAGGUUCUUUAAGGGUUCAAUUUGUAAUGGCCAUUACAAAACUACUUUUAUGUAUAGUGUAUAGAAAAAAUAGCAUAUUAGAAUGUGCAUGUUGCUAUAAACCUGUGCUACUGUCACUGAGCUGCUGUUAUAGAGGAUUUAAUCAACACCUUCUGACCAAUCAGAGUCUAGAAUUCAGAAGCACUGUGGUGUCACUAUAUACACUUGACUUAACUGCAAAAAGUAUGUGCAUCCCUGACUAUCACACCUGUAUGUGCUUGCUGAACAUCCCAUUCCAGAUUUAUUCCCCCUUUUACUGUUAUAAUGCACGCUACUCUUCUGGGAAGGCUUUCCACUAGAUUUUGGGGUGCAGCUAUGUGGAUUUGUUUUCAUUCAACUACAAGAGCAUUAGUGAGGUUGAGGUCAGGCACUGAUGUUUGGUGAGGAGACUCCAGUUCCUGUUCAUCCCAAAGGUGUUCAGUGGGGUUGAGGUCAGGGCUCUGUACAGGACACUAGAGUUCUUCCACCUUCUUCCAACCUUCACACACCACGUCUACGCGGAGCUCCCUUUGUACGCAGGGGUGUCGUCAUGCUGGAACAUGUUCGGGCCUUUUAGUUCCAGUGAAGGGAAAUUAUAACGCUACAGCAUACAGUGACGUUCUAUACAACUGUGUGCUUCUGACUUUGUGGCAACAGUUUGGGGAAGAACCACAUAUGGGUGUGAUGGUCAGGGGUGCACAUAGUUUUGGCCAUAUAGUGUAACUUGUUGGUUCUGGUGAUAUUUAAUAAUAACUAGACCAUUCUUCAUGAAUUUUAUGGAAACUGUUUAUGGAUUACACUGGGUUUUUUUCCAGCAGUGUCUCUCUGUCCUAGGUAAACUAACCCUAAAUUAUACUCUAGGUUUACUAUAAUCUAUAAUAUAAGGACAAAUGAAUGUGUCAUUAGUGAAACAUUCAAUAAAAGACCAUUUUUUGCUGUU